AUGGCAUCAUAUUCUCCAGGGUUUGUUAGCCUUUUAACAAGCCAAACCGGAGAAUUUAGCACUCCAGGGUUUGUGAACCUCUCAGGUUCUGAAUCCAUAGACCUCGAGUCACCUGAUCUUCCAACUUUUAGCAGCCACUCCUCAGAAGCAUCUACUGUCAAGGAGAGGAAGAAAUGGUCUCCGAAAGAGGAUGUUAUUCUCAUAAGCGCACAGAUCCAGAAUUACUACAACUCAAGUGUUCAGCAUGUUGGGUUGGACACUAGGGAGCUAGGUCAGUGCAAGCAAAGGGACCAAUCAAGCGGUGAGAAUGACAAUGAUGUGAUGAAGAAAGCACUAGACAUGUUCUUCAAUGACCGUGGUUGUAAUUUCACUCUAGAACAUGCCUGGAGAGAGCUUAGGCAUGACCAGAAAUGGUGCUCUGCGUAUAAGGCUAAGGAUAGUUCUAAAGUGAAGCGGAAGACGGUUGGUGGUGAUGUUCAAGGCGAUGAGGAGGUUACUGGUGCUAGGCCUCUGGGUAUCAAGGCUGCUAAAGCGGCUAAGAAAAAGAAGGGUGUUCAAGAGGAAUCUAAUCACACGGAGUUAAGAACAGUGUUGGAGAUGAAAGACAAACUAAACAAGCAGAAGUUGCUGGAGAAGUUGCUUGAGAAGCUUGACCCUCUUUCUGAGAUGGAAAUGUCACUAAAACUUAAAUUUAUGUCAGAAAUGUUAGGAUAA